AUGAUGAUCAAGUCCAUCGCACCACUUGUGGCGUCUGCCGCGCUCCUUCUUGUCGCCACCCCGUCUGUCAUACCAGUCUCCAGUAUAACAAGUGACAACGUGACCAAGCCCCCCAAAACCAACACGCACACCUCUGAUCACAACACCAGGCAGACCGCCACCACCGAUUCGACGGGAACAGUUCCGGACGGCACAUGGCCGGCCAGCACUGGCACCGUUCUCUACAACAAGACGUACGUGGUCAAGGCCGGCGAGAUCUUUGAUGGCAAGAUGAAGAUGUAUGAGCGCUCAAACGUCAAAUGCUUGGGUGGAGAGAGCCAUAAUGAUACGGCCGUGUUUAUCGUGGAAGCCGGUGGCACCUUGAAGAACGCUAUUAUCGAUGCGCUGAGCAUCAUGGGCGGCUCAGCGUCCAGCAUGACCACCGUGACCAACUGUGGGGCGCGCUACGCCGAAGACAAGGUGGUGCAGCACAACGUCGAUGGCACGGUCAAGAUCAAGGAGCACGCGUACCCGUCGCUAAGCGAACUGUGA